UAGUAAUUGGGUGAGCAGUAGCUUGCAAGCACCCUGCAGAACCACGUGUGGCUAUGAAAAGGCGAGAGCUGGAGGUGGUGGGAGGUGGAUGUACCUUCACAGAGGCACUGAAGCAUUGCUGCAGAAGUGAAUAAUGUUUCCAACAUGUCUGUGCAGACACUGCUUUGUGAAAGAAUUGCCGUUGCCAAAGAACUGAUCAAGAGAGCAGAAGCCCUUUCCAAGUUCCAGAAAAGGAGAAUAGAAGGUGGGGCAAAACUAUGUGGCAAACUGAAGGCCGAGUUAAACUUCUUACACAAAGUGGAGUCGGGGAAGAUGGUCAUUAAAGAAUCUCAUCUGCAGAGUACAAACCUCACCCAUCUCCAAGCCAUUAUCCAGUCAGCAGAGAACCUGGAGGAUGUUGUCAGUGUCCUCCAAGUCUUUUCUUAUGAGGACAGGUUUGGAAACAGACAGACGCUGGUGGUAGACGUUGUAGCAAAUGGAGGUCACACGUGGGUGAAGGCCAUUGGUCGGAAGGCUGAAGCCCUGCAUAAUAUCUGGCUGGGAAGGGGCCAGUAUGGUGACAAAAGUGUCAUUGAGCAGGCUGAAGACUUCCUGCAGGCAAGCUGUCAACAGCCAGUGGAGUAUAGCAAUCCCCACAUAAUAUUUGCCUUCUACAACAGCGUGUCCAGUCCUAUGGCAGAGAGACUUAAGGAGAUGGGGAUAUCUGUGCGAGGAGAUGUUGUUGCAGUGAACUCUCUAGUAGAACCAUCUGUGGAAAACCAGCACCUAAGUGCCAGUGAAUCAGAUGAAGAAGACCUUGAACUGCAGGUCACCAGAGUAGAUCGGGAGAAUUUAGUGACCAGCAUUGCUUUUCCUACACAGAUCAAAGUAAAUGUGUGCAAUAGAGUGAACUUAGACAUCACUACAUUAAUAACCUAUGUCUCUGCUCUGAGUUAUGGUGGCUGCUACUUCAUCUUCAAAGAAAAAGUGCUAACAGAGCAAGCGGCUCAAGAAAGGAGAGAGAGAGUCCUGCCUCAGCUGGAGGAGUUCAUGGAGGGGAAGGAGCUCUUUGCAUGUGAAUCUGCUGUCAGAGAUUUUCAGUCAAUCUUGGAAACGCUGGGAGGGCCUGGGGAGAAAGAGAGAGCUGCAUUGCUUGUUAAAAGAAUUAAUGUGGUCGCAGAUCAGCCAUCUGAUCGUGCCUUACGACUAGUGGCUAGUUCAAAAAUCAACAGUCGUUCUCUAACAAUUUUUGGGACAGGAGACACUUUAAAAGCCAUCACCAUGACUGCAAAUAGUGGUUUUGUGAGGGCAGCUGCUAACCAAGGCGUCAAGUUCAGUGUUUUUGUUCAUCAGCCAAGAGCACUGACAGAAAGCAAAGAAUCUGUUGCCACACCUUUACCAAAGAGCUGCCUACGUGAUAAUGGAUUGUAAUUUGUUAAAGGAAUUAAUCUCUGAAUAUUGCUGAUCUUUCAGUGGAAACAACUGGAGAAAAAAGAGAGUCAUAGCGAUACAUUUUCUGAUUGUGUAACAGUGAGAACAGUAACUGGAGCAAUGGAAGGGUUCCCCAGGAGACUUACAUUGUCUUUAUUCAGUUUUUGUUUUUUGUUCAACUGCUAAUUUAUUCAAUAAAGUAAUAAGAUUUCCUUGAAAAUCAUUAACUGUUACAGUAUAUUAAUUGUAUCCAUCCCUAUUAAAACAUUCAGUUACAGCACACA